AUGUCUGAAUCGAGCUUUUUCGCCCGCAACAAAACGGCAAUUGCUGUCACCGUCUUGGCUGGUGCCUCGGCCGUCGGUGCCUACUACUACUAUUCGCAACAGGCCAAUCAGAGUGCCUCUGACGAAUCGAGUCCUAGCAAGAAGAAGAAGUCCAAGUCGAAAAAGAAGAAGGCAACCAAGGAUGACGAAAAGUCUGCUGAAGACGUUGUGGCUCAUGAUGAUGAGAAAGUGCCAUACCCAGUCAAUGCACAGGGCUUGCCAGAUAUAACCGAAGAGGCGGUGGCUCAAUUGUCCGACAGCGACAAGGAGGAAUGGGCGCUUGCAUUGAAGAAGGUUGGAAACGACAAAUACAAGCAGGAAAAGUUUGAAGAGGCCAUCACAUUCUACACGGCCGCUUUGCAGGUGAAGGAGGACCCAGUGUUCUACCUGAACCGUUCUGCGUGCUAUGCUGCUUUGAACAAGCACGAGGAGGUUAUUGCCGAUGCAACCGCCGCCAUCAACAUUAAGAGAGAUUACGUCAAGUGUAUUUUGCGUCGUGCCAACUCGUACGAGGCUUUGGAGAAGUAUCCGGAUGCUAUGUUUGACUUGACUGCUUUGACCAUUUACGGUGGCUUUAACUCGAGAUCUGUCGAGGAGGCUUUGGAGAAGGUGUUGCAGAAGCACUCCAUCAAGAUCGUCGAGGAGAACUUGAAGAACAGAGUACCUGAAUUACCUUCCGCCUCCACCAUGGGUUCGUUCUUCGGUGCUUACGUCACCGAGACUGCUCCUGAAGGUAUCUCUGAGGAGUCCACGGGUGCAGACAAGUACUUGUUUGAUGCAUUGGCUGCUGUCAAUGCCAACACCGUCGACAAGUAUGAGGACGCCGACUCGCUUUUCAACCAAGCCGUUGCUGCCUACGACAUUGAGAACUUGACCAGUGAAUCUGAAAACGCAUCCAAGGCCUCCAUUGCUUUGGAGUAUGCUGCUGCCAUGCAAUUCUUGAAGAAUAUCCCCAAUGAAGCCAGCGAGCUUAUCGAAAAGGCCAUGAAGUUGAAGCCUAGAGCCAGAACCUACGUCAUGAGAGCCUUGAUCAACGCUGACAAGUCCUCGUUCGCUGAAGCUCUUGCUGAUUUCGACACCGCACAGAAGAUGGACCCAGAAAACGGUGAUGUGUAUUACCACUUGGGCCAGUUGUACUACCUCACUACCCAGUUUGAUAAGGCUAAAGAGUACUUCACUAAGGCCGCAGAGUGCAACCCUAACAACGUGUACGCCUACAUCCAGUUGGCAUGUAUUAUUUACAAGAACGGCAACUUUGAGGAGGCUGAUGACGCUUUCAAUGAGGCCAGAUUGAAGUUCCCAACUUCCCCAGAGGUGUUGAACUACUACGGAGAGAUCUUGGCAGACCACAACAACAUUCCAAGCGCCAUCAAGCAGUAUGAAGUUGCCGCUAGAUUGCAGGAGGGUUUGCCAAACUUCAGUGUGGGUGCCGUUCCAUUGAUCAACAAGGCCUCUUUGAUCUCCAGAGAGGGCUUGCAGAAGUUGCCAGAGGCCGAGGAGUUGCUCACAAAGGCUUGUGAGUUGGAUCCUAAGUCUGAAAUUGCCAGAAUCUCGCUUGCCCAAGUCAAGUUGCAAUCUGACAAGCCAGCCGAGGCAAUUGCCUUGUUCGAGGAGGGCUCUAGAUUGGCCAGAACUUUCGAGGAGAAGGUCCAGGCCACCUCAUUCGCUGAGGCCACCAAGAUGCAAUUGAGAAUUAAGGCUGACGAGGUGUUGAGUGCCAAGAUCAGUGAGUACAUGAACAGAAACCUCUAA